CAACAAUUUUUUAUUAUAUAUAAAUGAUAUAUCUAAUUAAAAGUCAACUGGAACAUCAUUGAUUACAUUAUAAUAUACAUAAAUAUCAUUAUUAUUAUCAUUAUUAUUGAUUAUUAUCAUUAUUAAUAAUCAAUAAACAAUUAUGAAUGAAGAAAAUUCUAUUAAAAAUAUCAAUAUUAAUCAUAAAUCAAUAACCGAACAUGUUAAUAAUAAUCAUUUAUUAUCAAAUGAAUUAUCAUUAGAAUUAUUACAUCAUCUUAUAAAUUAUUAUAUAAAACAAAAUUAUUCUAAAAAUAAUAUUGAUUUUAUUCAAUUUAUUAUAUCUAAUUGGAAUAUAUUCAAUGAACAAUAUAAAUUAAUUAUUAUAAAAACUUUAUUAAAUUAUAUUAAAUUAUCUACAUCAAAUGAUAAUUUAUCAAUGAUAUAUGAUCAAUUAAUGAAUCAUAAUUCAAUAAAUAUCAAUAUUAUUAAUAAUGAUCAAGAUUGGUCUAAUCUAUGUACAUUGAAUCAUUAUGAAUAUAAUUAUAAUGAUAAUAAAGAUGUUUAUCAUAUAACUACUAAUAAUGAACCUAUUCAUAAUAAUAAUAAUAAUAAUAAUAAUUCAGUAUUGAAUAUAGAAUCACAAUCAAUUGAAGGGAAUAUGAAUUGUAUAAUGAGAAAUUUACAAGUUAAUAAUCAUAAUCAUAAUAAUAAUAAUAGUUCAUGUUUAUUCCCAUCGAAACCACCAUAUUCUUAUAUUGCAUUAAUUGCUAUGGCAAUAAAAUAUGCACCAGGACAAAAAAUCACUUUAAAUGGAAUUUAUCGAUUUAUCAUGGAACAUUUUCCAUAUUAUCGUGAUAAUCGUCAAGGUUGGCAAAAUUCCAUAAGACAUAAUCUUAGUUUAAAUGAUUGUUUUAUUAAAUUACCACGUGAUAAAAGUCGACCAGGAAAAGGCAAUUAUUGGACAUUGUCUACGAAUGCCGAUGAAAUGUUUGAACAUGGAAAUUAUCGACGCCGAAAACGACGUACAAAAUCUUCCACAUUCAUUACACCAUCCUCUUCGUCAUCAUCAUCAUCAUCACCACCACUCUUAUCAUCAUCAACAGGGUCAAAUUUGGCAACGUCAGUAUAUACGGCAACAACAUCAGACAAUGCAUCAUUAUCAUCGAUAUCGAAACUAGCAAAAUUUAUGAAAUUAUCUAAUGAAUCUCAAAUACCAACAGAAUCCGAUAUUUAUUCGUCUACUUCGUCGUUUUCUUCCUCUUCUCCUUCAUCUUCUUGUUCCAUAUCAUCAUUCACUUCCGCAUCUGUCUCUGCUACCUCCUCCUCCGCUUCUUCUUCUUCUUCUUCUUCUAUUUCAUUUUCAUCAUCAAGAGAAUCUUAUUCAUCAAGAAUUAUAAAUGAUCCAAGUAUACAACAUUCAUCAUUGUCUCAAUGUUUCUAUACACCACAGAUGUAUAAAUCAUCGUCAUCAUCAGUCAAUAUAAUAGACGAUUGUAUAUAUUCUAAACAUCGUUAUUAUUUAGAUAAUCCUUCAACAAAUCCAUUUUUACAUAAUAAAUUCAAUAUAAAUGAUCAACAUUCAACAUUAUGGCCUACUCAUCAUAAUAAUAUACAUGAUUGUGAACAUCAACAAUUAACAAUGCAGAACAAUAAUAAUAAUAAUAAUAAUACUCCAUUAAAUAUGGAUUUAUAUACAACUAAUUUCAAUGAUAAUCAUAUAAUGAAUCAAAAUAAAUUAUUAUCCAAUAGAAAUCAAUUCGUCACUGAAUAUUAUUCAUCGACGACAACAACGUCAUCAUCAUCAUCAUCAUCGUCGUCGUCGUCGUCAUCAUCAUCAACAUUAUCAUCACUAUUCAACAACUGUUUACAUUCAUCUACAUCUAAUAAUAAUAAUAAUAAUGCUAGUAAUAGUAAUGGUAAUAAUAAUCAUAAUAAUCUCAUCAAUUGUCUGCCAAAUUUUUCCAUUCAAUCAAUAAUUGGCAGUAAUACUGUAGAUAAACAAAGUAUACAGUUAAAUGUUCAAUAAUGAAAAGAAAAAUCAUUCAAAACUCGAACAUACAAAUACUACUAUUAAUACUACUGAUAAUAAUACUUUAAAUGUUACUAUUGUUCUUUAUUCUUUUCUUUCUACCAUUGUUAUUGUUAAUUAACCUAGUUGUUUUAAUGUUUUAAUAUGGAAUAUAAUAACGCCUUUUGUAUUCCUUGUUUAUAUUUCAUUCUGCUUACCUAUAUAUGUAUGUAUGUAGGUAGGUAGAUAUUCAACCUGUGAUCUAUUAAUGGUUUGUUCUUUAACAAAAAGAAAGAAAAGAUUGAGCAUCUUUCUUUCUUCUUUCUUCUCACUUCUUUUUUUUGUUUCUUGACAAUAUUACUUGCAAAAUUACAAAAUAAUUUGAGAAAACGUUGUAAAUCUAAGAUAAUACAUCAUUUAUACCUA